AUGGAUGAGUUGAUCUUGUACAUGAAAGCAGGACACUGGACUUGUAGUUUGUUCUUUUACAAGAAACUGCUUACUUUGGAGUAUUUAAUAGCAACCUAUGCAAAGCCCACGGUCUCUCUCAUCAAUGGAAUAGUCAUGGGAGCUGGAGCAGGUCUAUCCAUGAAUACGAAGUUUAGGGUUGUCACUGAAAAAGCUAUAUUUGCGAUGCCAGAAGCAUCCAUUGGACAUGUUCCAGAUGUUGGUGCAUCUUACUUUCUUUCUAGACUACCAGGCUAUUUUGGUGAGUUCAUUGGGCUGACUGGUGCAAGGCUAGAUGGAGCAGAAAUGGUAGCAUGUGGCUUAGCUACUCAUUUUGUCCAUUCAGUGAAGCUAAAUACACUAGAAAGUGUUCUACAAAAUGUUGCUUCGGAUGUAACAAUGGGGAAACUUAUAGAAACAUGCACAGAUAAAGCAGUUCUGAAGGAAGAUAGUUCAUUUAAAAGAUUGGAGACUAUAAACAAUUGUUUCUCAAAAGAGACUGUGGAAGAAAUCAUUACAUGUUUGGAAAAGGAAUUAGAAAAUGGAGCAGAAGAGUGGAUAAAAAAUGCAUUAAGUUCAAUGAGUUCAUCUUGUCCUUUAAGCCUCAAAAUAUUUCUUAAAUCGAUCAGAUUGGGCCGUGUUCAAAACUUUAAACAAUGCCUUUACCGGGAUUACAUAAUCGGUGCUCACCUGCUAAGAAGAACUGUUAGCAAUAAUUUCUAUGAGGGUUCAAGAGCAAAGCUGUUUAGCAAAGACAACAAACCAAAGUGGGAACCAUCGAAGUUAGAAUUGGUUAGCGAUGAAAUGGUUGAUCAGUGUUUGAGAAAUAUCGACGACGAGGAUUUGGAGUGUUUGGAACUUCCUGAUCAUAGAAUUGAAAGCAGAUUGUAG